UGUAGAGUGUACUUCAGGCUACACCUUUAGGCUAAUCCAGGAAGAGACAAAGCUGUGUUACCAUGUUUGCAGAAACCCACUUUUUAAAGACUAGAGAGUGAAGGAUUUAGCCUGAAUCAACUUCACCUGGACAUCUGUGAGGCAGACAAGAGAACAGAAAUACCUUUCCUAGGAUAAACUUCAGUACACAAACGUUCGGUACACAAAAAACAAGUAUGGCAGAUGAUUAUGAGUAUACUAAUUUACUUUCAGAGGUCGAUGAGGCAUCAGGCGUUGCUCAUUUACUUUCAGAGGUCGAUGAGGCAUCAGGCGUUGGUUUAGUGCAUCCAGCUGAUCUGAGGAUAGUUAUGGUGGGGAAGACUGGAGCAGGGAAGAGUUCAACAGGAAACACCAUCCUGGGGAAAAAGGGGUUCCAUUCUAAGUCAAGUCCAAAGCCAGUGACUGGACACUGUGAGAAACAAAGUGUAGUGGCAUAUGGGAAGAAGAUUGACGUCAUCGACACUCCUGGGGUCUAUGACAUAUUAUUGACAGAAACAGUUUUGAUUGAGAAAAUAUGGAAACAGUUUUUGGGAACAGAUAAAGUAGAAAUAGAGAGAUGCAUCGAGAUGUCAGUCCCAGGACCCCAUGUGUUCCUGCUGGUGAUCAGGCUGGAUAAAUACACAGAGGAGGAAAGGAAAGUAGUGAAGUACAUCCAGGACAACUUUGGAAAAAAGGCCUCAAACUACACUAUAGUAUUGUUCACUGGUGUAGAUCAGCUGGAGGGACCAGUAGAGGAGUUUCUGAACGACAGUCCGGCGCUUCAGACACUGGUCAGAGUCUGUGGAGGCAGAUAUCAUGCCUUUAACAACAAAGAGCUUGGAGACCGUACUCAGGUCAGAGAGCUGAUGAGGAAGAUAGAGGAGAUGGUGAAGUUCAAUGGAGGAAAACACUACACCAAUCAGAUGUAUGAGAAGGCUCAGACAGAGAUCAGGAACAGUCAGUUGAUAGAGUUGGGUAAACAAGGAGCUAUAGCAGUUGGAUCCAUUGCAGCAGUAGGAGUAGGUCUUAUUAAAGCCCCAACACAAGUUGGGAAAGUGAUAGUAGCAGUAGCAGGAGCAGCUAUAGGAGGAGGGAUAACACAGCUUGUAACCAAGAGGGAAAACAACAAUUAACUACAGGGUUAGUGUCUGUAAAUAAGCCCUGAAGGACCAAAAUGAUUAUCGAUUUACGUUUGAUUUAUUCUUUAUCUGAUAUGGUUUGACCUUUACCCUCAUUUGGUUAUGUCACUGCAUACUGCAUUUAACCACCAAAUGACUAAAUCAUUCAUUAAAGUUAUUAAGUUAAUUAUUGUAAGAGUUUUACUUCACAUAAAGGAAGGGG